CUAGGGUUUUAGCGCAACUCUUCUCGGACUCCUCCAUCACAAGCUACAAGCAAACCCCAUCCCCCAGUCCCCGCCGCCCUCACCACCCAUCAGAAAAUGGUUAAGGGACGCCAAGGAGAGCGCGUCAGGCUUUACGUUAGAGGAACCAUCCUCGGGUACAAGAGAUCGAAGUCCAACCAGUACCCGAACACUUCGUUGAUUCAGAUCGAAGGAGUGAACACAAAGGAGGAGGUGGCUUGGUACCUCGGCAAGAAGAUGGCGUACAUCUACAAGGCUAAGGUUAAGAAGAAUGGAUCUCAUUACCGCUGCAUUUGGGGAAAGGUUCGCCGGCCUCAUGGUAACAGCGGCGUUGCCAGGGCGAAAUUCAAGUCUAACCUCCCCCCCAAGUCAAUGGGAUCAAGGGUUCGGGUCUUCAUGUACCCAAGCAAUAUUUAAGUGUUCCAGCGAAAGUAGGAGGAGACAGCUUGAGGUCAUUGGUGGCUUUAGAAGGCCGUAGGUGCCAGAUGAAGGUCAUUGGUGAUUGAAGGACAGUAUUUAGAGUCAAAAUUUACCCCUUUUUUUGUGGACUUACCCUUCUAGUCUCUGAAUUUAUCAUGUUUGUUUUAUACUAGGAAUUGAACAUGCAAUCUGAUGAGACAAAUUUUGAUUAUUUUGAUUUUAUCUUUUUUCACUUGGGUGUUUUUGAUAGUUAGUCAACCAGAAUUAUUGUUGAUUCGUCUCUUCAUGAUAUGGCUGUGGGUAUUGUUUGA